CCGGGUUCAGAGGUUACCGUUCCGGAAGUAAAAGAAGAAAACAGUGGCGUCCACAUGGGAAACGUUAGCUGCCGAAUGCAAAUGAAAACACACAGUUUGACUGUAUAUCAUUAAUGUACACUGGGCGUUUAAUUCUGCAGUUUUCUGUUAAGGGUUUGGUUUCGUUGACCUGUAAAAAACAUGGAGGACCUAAACGUUAUCAAGCUGCCGGUGACGGAGGAAAGAGCACCGGCCAAGAAGAGGAGUCUGCCACCGAAGUUUGACCCCGCUGUAGAGGAACAAACACGGCAGAAAAACGCGAAGAGGCUGGCAGUGCUGGGAGAGGAAGACAACUCGGUGAGGCUGCUGGAGGAGCUGGUGUUCGGAGGGGAGGACGAGCUGCUGGAGAGACUCGUGGAGGAGGAUGAGGAGCAGAGUGGAGCUUUAUUGGUGGAGGACGAAGUCAAGGUGUCGAGCGAAUCUGAGGCCGAGGACGAAGCUCGUCCGCAGCUCCAGCCAAUCAGAGAAGCUGCUUGGGUGGAUGAGGAUGAUGAGCUGGAGGAAGAGGUGGACAUGAAGCAUCGUUUCCGUAGAGACCUGGUCAGAGGAGAGACGGAGUCCACCAUGUCCAAACAGAAACUACAGCAGAGGAUGAGAGAACAGUUUCAGAAGUCGAUGGGAGGGACUCCGUCGUGGGCUGAGAGCAACAGGACGAAGAAGAAGAGGAAGAAAGCUGUUGAUGAAGAUGAGGAUGAAGAUGAGGACGAUGAGCUGCUGAGGAGGACAGGAAACUUUGUUGCAUCUUCAGACAGUCUGCCCAGCGGCAUCCUGAGGAUGAAGAAAUGUCUUCAUGCUAACAGCGCCCGGCCAUCAGAGGACAGGCUUACCACCGUCCAGUUCCACCCCUCCGCUCAGGUCGUCAUGACAGCCGGCCUCGACCAGUCGCUCUGCCUCUUCCAGGUGGACGGGAAGACGAACCCGAAGAUCCAGAGCGUCCACCUGGAGCGGUUCCCCGUCCACAGAGCUCAGUUCAGCCGGGACGGAGAGAUGGUGAUCGCAACCAGUCUGAAGAACAAGAUGUUCUACCUGUACGACAUGAUGGAGGGCCGAGUCACACCUGUCCAUGCUGUCAGAGGUCUGAAUGAAGCCAGAGUGAAAGAGUUUUCAGUGUGUCCUGAAGGAGGCGCUCUGCUGCUCUCUGGGACCAACGGGUACCUGCACCUCCUCACACUCAAGACUAAGGAGGUGGUUCGCAGUAUGAAGAUAAACGGUAACGUUUGCGGCGUCGCCUUCUCCCACAACGGAAGCAAAAUCUUCGCCAACUCAGAGGAGGGGGAGGUGUAUGUGUGGGACAUGCGCAGCAGUCGGUGUGUCAACAGGUUCGCAGAUGACGGCUGUGUGAAGGGGACGUCCAUCGCCGCCUCACCAAAUGGACAGUACCUCGCCUGCGGCUCUCUGUCGGGCGUGGUUAACGUCUACUCCCAGGAGGAGUGUCUUAAUUCAGCCAAUCCCAAGCCUCUGAAAGCAGUGAAGAACCUGCUGACCUCAGCGACCUGUCUCACCUUUAACCCGUCGUCUGAGAUCCUGGCCGUGGCCUCCCGAGCUGAGGACGAGGCCGUGCGACUGGUCCACCUGCCCAGCCUCACCGUCUUCUCCAACUUCCCCGUCUCUAAGAAGAAGAUUGUUUAUCGAGCCAGCUGCCUCGACUUCUCCCCACACAGCGGCUUCUUCUCAUUGGCUAACAACAAAGGACACGCCCCUCUCUUCAGGUUACUGCACUACAAAGACUUCUGAAGAGGAACUCCGACAUCAGGACACAAACACCUGACUGUCAGGUGAAAGUGGGCUGAUGUAUUUAAAGGAGCAGUCUGCAUUUCUGUCACGUCUCAGCUGCCUGCUCCCUCGAUGUGCUGUGUGCUCUCAUCAUUUUCUACAGCAUCAUAAAUGUCAGAGGUUUGUCCUCCAGUGCACAAGAAACUGUUCAAAACCUUUGACCAAAUAUCAGUUUCAUGUCAGUUGCUCAGAAGAAAAUAAAAAUUUGGAAAAUGAUCAGCAAGACAGACUUUCGACAGGAUUUGUAGCUGUUGAGGCUAAAACAUGAAAAAUCCCAGUGGAGUCUGGCACAGACUGAACUCGGGUCCGACUCACCUGAUGACCUGCUGUCUGUGCCCACCUGUUUGUUGUCUGUGUGAAAUGAAUUUAUAAAAGAUCAGUUCAACAUG